AUGUCGUCGAGGAGCAGGAAAGGUGACCAGGACCAGGAGCGGCUCGUCCUCUGGGUCCAGGACCAGGACCAGGAGCGGCUGGUCCUCGGGGUCCAGGACCAGGACCAGGAGCGGCUCGUCCUCGGGGUCCAGGAGGGAAGCGACGGCUCCAGAUACGAGGGACAGUUUCUGGACGGCUUGAAACACGGAAGAGGAAAAUACACCUUUGUCAACGGAGAGUACCACGAGGGCUUUUACUACAAAGACUACCGACAUGGGAACGGACAAUACUGCUGGCCCAUGGGACAGAAGUUCACUGGCAAGUUCUACCUCAACCGGCGGGAAGGAUACGGACACCAAGUGUUUCUUAACGGAGCCACAUUUCAGGGUUUGUUCCACAUGGACCACAGGCUGGGUCCGGGGGUGGUGACCUAUUCUGAUGGUUGUCAGAAUGUGGGACUGUGGGUCGGGCCGCUCCUCCUGAGGUUCUGCUCCCCUUUAGAGGAGGGCUUUAGUCUCAAGAACUUUCCUGAGUAUGCUGCCCUCAUGGACCCAGCUGCCACCCCAGAUUCCCUGACUCAGACUCAAGCAGACAGAGACCUGCUGCUCGUGGAUGAGGACUGUAUCUACCCCCCCGGCAUCGAGAGGUUUUGCACCAACGGAGAUCUUCUGCCUCUGCCUCCACGCCGGAGAAAAAUGCUGGAUCAGCAAUUUUUUGGCAAACUGUGGGAGCCGGAGAUGAAUCCGUACCUGGGCUAUAAACGAGACCCAUACGCCAAUUUGUCAUUUCACGUCCGCCUGCAGGAGAACAUACACAAACACAGACGACUGGCUGAACACGUGUCCUGGGACGUGGCUGCCGUCCUCUCCAUGAACAGGGACGGUUUCGGUCCCAAAGGGAUUCUGGAGGUGUCCUCCGAGCAGCUGAUCCGACACGCCUCACGGGGGGAGCUGGCGGCUGUCGCUCAGAUCCUCAAGCGUCGGACGGUUUACCCCGAUGUCGCAGAUUCACAGGACAACACUGCACUGAUCGCCGCCACAAUAAACAACCGCCAUGAUGUGAUCUGCCUGUUGUUGAACAGAGGCGUUCAUAUAGACAAGCUGAACUGUGAAGGGAUGUCUGCCCUCGCCGUGUGUCUUGUCCUCUUCUACCCUUUCCACUCUCUGAACACCACCAUGUUGGAAUCUCCUCAAACCCAAGUUCUAAAGAAAUCAUCUUCAUGUGGGAGCAGUUCCCGGAUCAGCCAUGUGGACUUCACCAGGGCCCCACACAGCAGACCCCAGACCUCUAACACAACCCUGAGCCAGCACUCGGAUCGGACGGCCGAAAAACCAACCGACCACAUCUCACAUCCCAGUGAGCUCGUCCCCGAGUUGGAGAGGAGAGUCAGUCGAUCUGAAACAAAACUCUCAUCUUCAUGUGGGAGCAGUUCCCAGAUCAGCCAAGUGGACUUUACCAGGGACCCACUUCACAGCAGACCCCAGACCUCUAACACAACCCUGAGCCAGCACUCGGAUCGGACGUCCGAAGAACCAACCGACCACAUCUCACAUCCCAGUGAGCUCGUCCCCGAGUUGGAGAGGAGAGUCAGUCGAUCUGAAACAAAACUCUCAUCUUCAUGUGGGAGCAGUUCCCAGAUCAGCCAAGUGGACUUUACCAGGGACCCACUUCACAGCAGACCCCAGACCUCUAACACAACCCUGAGCCAGCACUCACACCGGACGGCAGAAGAACCAACCGCCCACAUCUCACAUCCCAUUGAGCUCGUCCCAGAGUUGGAGAGGAGAUUCAGUCGAGCUGAUUCAGCAGGAGAAGUUCGGGACGACACUUCCUGCUCCGUCAGCAGCACCACGACCCUCCAGGACACAGAGGAGACUGAACACAAAAUGGCUGCCAUGACAAUUGAAAACAAUGCUCGAUUGGAAACCCUGAAGAUUCUGUUGGAGCGGGGGGCCGACCCCAACCUCUCCAGGGUCCCCAUGCCUGUCCUCUUCUUAGCCAUCAUGGCGUCCGACAUUGACGGCGUCCGGAGGCUGCUGCUGGGUGGCGCUCGUACUGACAUUCCCCUUCUACCUCAGAGGAAAGGCCUUUACCCGCUGCACGUGGCUGCAGCCCUGCCGGGGGGGGCAGGUCUCCGGAUCACAGAGAUGCUGUUCUGUGCCAUCACCGACCCGGACGCACAGGCGUGUGACCAGGACGACAUCUACGAACCAGAUAAGGAAACACUGAGCGCUGACGAGCAGCCACGUCGGAACGGAGGAGGCAGAACCGCUCUGCACGUGGCCUGUCAGAGAGUCAGUGACGACCAGGAUGCCGGUAAGGUCGUGGCCCUCCUGCUCUCACACAGAGCCAGCACACACCUCCUCUGGAGUGGACACUCCCCUCUCUCUCUGGCUAUAGCAAGUGGCAAUAAACAGGCGGUGAAGGAGCUGUUGAGAGGAGGCGCAGAUCCGAACCUCCCUCUGGGCCGAGAGGUGGGCAGCGCCCUCUGUGCCGUCGCCAACAUCAACUACCACUGGAGGGACGACAGACUCCAACUGCUGGACAUGUUAGUUCAGGCUGGUGCUGACUUCCUGAUGCCGAUCAUGGUGGGUGGCGUCGAGGGAACCGCAGUGGACUUUGCAUACAACUCCUUUCACCAGGACGGGCGUAUUGCCCACACUCCCUAUCUCACUCUGACACAUCGGGAGAGGGAGACAUUCAACAAACGGCACCAGCUCCUGAGCAUGAUGGGAAAUCUGCUGAGACAGACGGCUGUCCAGAGGGAGAAGGAGGCUCUAGAGAGAGAGCAGCAGCUCAGACUAAAUGAGCCUGGGGCCAGCUCCUCCAACAAGCCCCGCCUCAGACGGAAAGGUCGCAGACGCAAUGUAGAAAAAUACAGGAUUCCCUUGUUUAAGUUCUGCUAUGACUGCGGUCGCUCUGCGUCCGUGACGCUGACGUCUUGUUUCAGCUGCCACAAGGUUUCCUUCUGCUCGCAGGACUGUAAACUGAAGGCAUGGAAGGCCAGACACAGGGACGAGUGUGUCAAGCCGAAAGUGUCUGGAUCCCAGAGGAAGGUCGUGGUCCACAAGCAUCUGACAGAGAAGGUCCAAGUCAAGAGGAAGCAUAACUACAGCCACAUCUGACUGUAUCGAGUUAAAACUCCAUACGCUGUCACAUUCUGUCUUCAGUUUAUCUAUUCACUUUAUUGUUGAGGAAGACAUU